AUGGUGUUCCUCGGCAUAUAUCGCGCCAUCUACGACUAUGAGCCCCAGAGCGACAACGAGAUCGCCCUGACCGAGGGCGACAUCUUGAUGGUACUGGAGAAGUCAUCCAUCGACGCCUGGUGGAAAGCAAAGAAGAAGGGGCGUGAUGGCGACGAGGAAGAGCCUGAGGGCUUGAUUCCAAACAAUUACAUUGAAGAGGCCGCCCCAGUCGCACAAGCCAAAGCCCUCUUCGAUUACGACCGCCAAACGGACGAGGAGCUCUCUUUCAAAGAGGAUGCUGUUCUCGAUGUUUACGAUACCACAGACCCGGACUGGACACUGGUGGGAGUCGCAGACGACUAUGGCUUUGCGCCCGCAAACUACAUCGAGCUUGCCGAAGAGGGAGCGGCGGCAGGAGCCCCAGCCGCGCCAUCUCCAGCGCUGCCCAGUCGCCCGCCCAUGCCACCAGCGACCGACUCUUUCGAUGACGAUCAGCCGCCUACUCCAGACACUCCUCCACAACCGAGUCCCGCUGCGGCCCUGGCUGGCAUCAUACAGAAGAAGUCGCAAGAGGCAGCACCGCGAUCGACUAUUUCUCCUCCACCCAACGUAAGCGCGCCUCCACGGCAGCAACGACGCGUGCAAUUCACCCCGGAAGAGUCGGACGAAGAGGUGCCAGCACCCCGUCUUCCCCAGCGACCCGAGUCCGAAGUGUACUCACCCCCGCCUACCCAAUACGCACAUGCGCGAUCCCCAUCACCCCCAGUCAGAUCGCCCCCUCCCCGAAGCGUCACGUUCGAUCAAUAUGACCCUCCGAGUAGGGACGAACAGCCCGCGACACCCAUGUCGGGCUCUGGAUACCAUCUGUACAACAUCUACGAGUACAUUACACAACCGGGCAAGAAUAAGAAAAUGCCAAUCACCCUGGGCGUCAACAUCCCGAAAGGAAUGAUCAUGAUCGCACCCGAGAAGUCGCGCGACGGGCCGCAACAGGAAUGGAGCGCAGACAAGAUGGAGUACUACUCGCAAGAAGGCAAGCACAUAUUCAUGGAGUUGAAACAGCCAAGCAAGAGCGUCGACUUCCACUGUGGUGCUAAAGACACCGCAUCAGAGAUCAUGCUCGCCCUUGGUGAGCUUGCAGGAGCGGCCAAGAGCGCAGGACUCCGCGAAGUACUCGCAGCUGGCUCUGGAAACUCCAAUGUGCAGAAGAAGGGAGUUAUGCUAUUUGAUUUCAUGGCACAGGGUGAUGACGAAGUUACUGUUGGUCUCGGCGACGAGAUCUUAGUCCUCGACGAUUCCGCAAGUGACGAGUGGUGGAAAGUCAGGCGGCUGAAGAACGGCAAAGAGGGUGUGGUACCAGCUAAUUACGUUGAGGUCACAGAAACUGUCCCCAUACACGCUCCUGCAGCUGCCAUCGCUCGAUCGGGAACCAACGCUGGCCGGUCCGUUGUCGAACAGAAUAGGCGCGAGGAGGAAGAGCUUGCUCGCCAGGCCGCGAGACGGAAGAAGCCAGAAAGUGAGGCAAGGAACGAUCAGGUAGGCCCUGGCCUGCACUUGCCUUCGCGUAACUCUAGUCUUAUGCAAACAAACGUUGACCAUCGUCGUACUUCACAGAGAUCAAGCAAGCGCGAAAGCUCCGCAAAGGACUCGAGUUCAAAGUCCGGCUCCAAACCAAAUUCAGCCAAGGUACGCACUUGGACCGACCGAUCCGGAUCGUUCAAGGUCGAGGCAGAGUUCAUUCUCAUCAAGGAUGGCAAGAUUCACCUACACAAAGUCAAUGGUGUCAAGAUCGCUGUACCUGUCACAAAGAUGUCAGUAGAAGACCUCGAGUACGUCGAACGCGUCACAGGCGAGUCUCUAGAUGACGACAAACCCCUAUCGGAUCUGAAGAGGAGGAGCAUGCAACAGCCUCGUGGGAAGGACUCAGGUCCAACCGGCAUUUCUGUCGAGAAGAAACCAGAAUACGACUGGUUCGACUUCUUCCUCAAGUGUGGUGUCAACCCACAGAUCUGCGAACGAUACGCCAGGGCAUUUACCAAGGACGAAAUGACAGAAGAAAACAUUCCAGACAUCACUCCUGGGCUUCUACGCACGUUGGGUCUCAAGGAAGGUGAUAUUCUGCGCGUGACCAAGCACUUGGAUGCGCAGUUCGGAAGAGAUAAGCGAAGCGUUAGCUUUGCUGAAGAAGGAGGAGAGGGAGCUUCUGGUGGACUUUUCUCAGGCCCAGGAGGUGCACUGAGAAACAACACCCGAAAGGGACGUCCUGCACCACCGGUUGAGACGAACGAUGUUGUUGAUCCAAAGGCGUUUGAACCGAAGUCCGAUGACACCGUUAAGAAGCCCGCAGACGGGACAUCAGCAGCGACAUCUGACAAGACAGCGAAUGGAUUUGAAGACAAUGCGUGGGAUGUCAAGCCAUCCAAGUCAACACCUGCACCUGCAGCAUCUCCGCCCGCAGCACAAGCCCCUGCGGCAAAGCCACCCCAGCUGACUGGAUCCAUGAACGAUCUGUCUCUUCUAGACAUGCCUGCACUCAAACCUGACGAGAUCGCGCAGCCAACACCUCCUGCUCCAGCACCUCAGCCAGCACAAGCACCUGCUCAACAGCCUCCAGCACCUGCUCAGCAACCACAGCCAACAGGCGCUACUCCUACCCUUUUCGAGCAGGUUGCGGCUAUCAAGGCCCUUACCCAACCUCACAACAUGGCUCCACCACGCAUGCGACCACAAGCUCCUCAGCAGCAGAAUCCAGGAGGUCUCAUCGCUCCACCGCCGCAGCGUUCUUCCUCUGCCCCUCAGAACCCACAACAAAGUGCCUUCGGUCCUCCACCACCCUUACAACCUCAGCUCACAGGUUACAACCCCAACCUAAUGGGUCAAAACUCUGGACAGGGCCAAGGCAUGCAGAACAUGCAGGGUAUGCCACCAAUGCAACAGCAAAUGACAGGCUUCCCACAGCAAAAUGGUGGGUUCGGGUUCCAGCAGAACGGCAUGAUGCCUCAACCCACAGGUUACAACUCCAUGUCCCCACUCCAGCAGCAGCCUAUGCAGACUGGCUUCGCCCAAUACCAACAACAGCAGCCGACCGGCUUCCAGCAGCCCAUGCAGACAGGUUUCCAGCAGCAGCAGCAGCAGCAGCAGCAGCAGCCACACUUCACACAAGGCUUUGGGAAUGGCAGCCCUUUUGCCGACCCACCACGGGCACCUUUCCAGCCACUACAGGCUCAGCCUACGGGGUACAACUCGUUCCAACCAUCGCCGCUUAACCCCCAGGCGACUGGCGUCAACCGCUUCCUGCCUCCGGCCCUUGCGCCACAACCGACUGGCUACAUGUCGAACCAAAGCCCGCCGCCUGUCCCGCCCAUGCCGCCCAUGCCCCAGGCGCAGCCUUUGGUGCCCCAGAAGACUGGCCCACCUCCGACUAUCAAGUUCGGUGUACAGCCUGCGAAGAAGCUAACGCCUCAGCCGACGGGGAGGGCGAACCUUGCCAAUGCCACACCCCAAAACCCGUUCGGCUUCUAA